GGAAGAUAAAAAUGAUCUCAGUGACCUUUAAGGAUGUGGCUGUGAACUUCACCCAGGAGGAGUGGGCAUUGCUGGAUCCUUCCCAGAGGAACCUUUACAGAGAUGUGAUGCUUGAAGUCCUCAGAAACCUGGCUUUUAUAGAAAACAAAUGGUAUGAAAAAAACGGUGAAGAUGAGAUCAGAAAUUCUGAGAUCAUUCUAAGGCAAUUUGAACACAUCAGAAAACCUAGCCUUUACCUGAUGUUGGUAGUAAUAACGCAUACUGGAGAGAAGCCCUAUGAGUGUAAGAAGUGUGGAAAAGUCUUCACUCAUUUCUCUGCCCUUCACUCACAUAAAAAAAUUCAUACUGCAGAGAAGCCUUAUGCAUGUAAGCAGUGUGGCAAAGCCUUUGCUACAUCCAGUAGCCUUCACAGACAUAGAACAACACAUACUGAGGAGAAGCCCUAUGAAUGUAAGCAGUGUGGCAGAGCCUUUGCUACAUCCUGUUACCUUCACUCACAUGAAAAAACUCAUACUGUAGAGAAGCCCUAUGAGUGUGAGCAGUGUGGCAAAGCCUUUUCUACAUCCAAUUACCUUCAGAUUCAUAGAAGAAUGCAUACUGGGGAGAAGCCCUAUGAAUGUAAGUGGUGUGGCAAAGCCUUUGCUAGUUCCAGUAAUCUUCAAAGACAUGGAAGAACACAUAUUGGAGAGAAGCUCUAUGGUUGUAAACAAUGUGGUAAAGACUUUGUUACAUCUUCUCAGCUUCACUUACAUGAAGGAACCCAUAGUGCAGAGAAAUUGUACUCAUGA